AUGGAUGCCUUUGUGUCGCGGAAGAGGAAGCGCGUUGACGGGCUUCGCCAUGUCCCGCAGGUCGAACCGGUGGCGGAGCGUCAAGAGGAAGAAUCCACCGACUUCAAAUUGGCGAUACUAGCAUCCCUGCACCCGAACAUCGACGAGGGCAACCUUUUGGAGGCUCUGCUUGCUUCCGAAGGCAAUGUGGAGGAAGCCUCGGAAGCUCUUUCGGCCACCCCAAGUCCAAAGAAACGAACCGCAUCCACCAUUGGAUAUCAAUCGUCCCUGUCGUCUUACCGCAUGACUCCGACCUGGUCAGGUGCCGCCAAAAAGCCUCUCGUGAAGAAGGGCAAGACGUUGUACCUGUAUGCUCCGGAAGACAUUGAGGCCCACACACCAUGCUCCAUCAUACAUAAUUUCCUGCCACCCGUACAAGCCGAUGCACUCACCGUGGAGCUGGUCAAAGAAGCCCCUUCCUACAGUAACCUCGAAUUCAAGUUGUUCGACAGAGUCGUCCAAAGUCCACACACUUUUUGCUUCUACGUCAACAGCCUAGCCGAGGCGGAAGAGCAGAAGGCAGAGUACAUCUACGAUGGACGCAAGGUCGACGACGUGCGUCAAAGCACCCCCGAGAUGCUUCGCGCCUGUCCGCAGGUUGAAACAGCUGUCAAUCAAGAGAUCCAACGCCGCGUACGUGACUUUUAUCCCGAAGGGAAGAAGCUUAAGUACCAGACACCAAAAGCAUGGAAGGCUAACACUGCGUUUGUCAACUGCUACGACGGACCAAAAGAGUGUGUGGGCUAUCAUUCUGACCAGCUUACUUAUCUCGGACCUCGAGCAGUGAUCGGUAGUCUGAGCCUCGGCGUUGCUCGUGAGUUUCGCGUUCGCAAGAUCUAUGCAGAGGACGACCAGUAUCGCAAAGAAGACGGUUCACUUGCAGAUGCACAGGGUCAAAUCUCGAUCCAUCUGCCGCACAACUCUCUACUGAUCAUGCAUGCUGAGAUGCAGGAAGAAUGGAAGCAUUCCAUCGCUGCCGCUCAGGCCAUCGACCCGCAUCCUCUUGCAAAGAACAAACGGCUCAACAUAACAUAUCGAUACUACAAGGAGGAGUUGCACCCCAAGUACACACCAAAGUGCAAAUGUGGGGUGCCCGCUGUACUUCGUUGCGUGACAAGACAAAAGGAGAACCGGGGAAGAUAUAUGUGGAUGUGCCACGUCUCCUACGUGCCAGGCAAAGAAGGCUGUUCCUUCUUUCAAUGGGCAGAGUUUGAUGAAGAUGGAGAACCACCAUGGACGACCAUAUGCAGUGGCAAGGAGGCGGCCCCACUACAAGCCUGA